AUGGACCUGGAGGAAGAGGUGGUGGUGGUGGUGGUGGAAGAGGUGAAGGAGGAGGAGGGCGUGGGGAGCUGGAGAUGUGGGGGAGGUGCUGGUAGAGGAGGCGGUGGAGGCUAUGGGGGAGGAGGUGGUGGUGGCAGCGGUGGAGGUGGUGGGUAUGGUGGGGGUGAUGGUAGGGGAGGUGGUGAAGGCCAUGGAAGAGGAGGAGUUCAGGGGGUGGAUAUGGAGGAGGUGGCAGCGGCGGCUAUGGUGGAGGUGGCGGUGCUGGGGCUGGUGGAUAUGGAGGAGGUACUGGCAGAGGAGGUGGUGAAGGCUAUGGUGGAGGAGGAGCUCAUGGCGGUGGAUAUGGAGGAGGUGGGUUGGUAG